AUGACUACCUACGUCAAACUAGUGAAAGGGGCCACCAAGAUCAAAAUGGCCCCUCCUAAACAAAAAUACAUCGAUCCAAUCCUCAUGGGCUCCACCGAUCCAAGAGAUUUCCACGAAAUCAUAAGAGCCCUCUACUCCAGAAUCUCAGACUCGGCUUGGACCGUCGUCUACAAAUCCCUCAUCGUCACUCAUCUCUUGAUCAGAGAAGGUGAAAAAGAUAUCACUCUCGACUACCUUUCCAAUAAUCUAGACUUCUUCAACCUAAACGGCAUCAACACCUCCAAAUUCUCCUCCGGCGACGUCAGAGCACUCGAAAGGUACAACCAAUACUUACUCGUAAGAGCAAAAGAAUUCAAAAAUUUCAGAAUAGAUUUCAUCAGAGCUUCCAUCACCUCCAUCAUAAACUCGGCCUCCAAACUGGACCUGCUCGAUUACGUCGAUUCCUUGGAGAUCCAAAUCAACUCCCUGAUCAAAAACAAAUACAGCCAGCUGGAUCUAAACAAUGAUUUGUUGAUGUACGCCUUCAAACUAUUGAUCCAAGAUUUGCUACAACUGUACAACUCCUUGAACGAAGGUAUCAUCACUCUGCUAGAAUCUUUCUUCGAAUUGAACCAUCGUGAUGCAGAAAGAACCCUGGAACUGUACAAGACCUUUGUAGAUUUGACUGAAAUCGUAGUCAAGUAUUUGAAAGUCGGCAAAUCCGUAGGCCUAAGAAUCCCCGUCAUCAAACACAUCACAACGAAAUUGAUUAGAUCCUUGGAAGACCAUUUGAAAGAAGAACAAAAUAAUCCUCCCAACAAUAAAGAAUCCACAAUCUAUUCUGCCACCACCACUUCACCCAACGGCGAAAAAUCCUUGGCUCAACAGAAAUUGGAUCAAGUAAGAGAACAGAAACGUGUACUUCAAGAACAAUUGAGAAACCAAACCGUCUUGAUGUCUCCCACUCUACCUCAACCAGGAAACACUCCAAAUUUAACUUCUACCGUUAAUGAUACUAAUCCUUUUGGACAAGCAAAGGAUACUUUUACAUUCGAAAACCCAGCCACUACCACCCCUGCUUCACAAACUGCAACUUCCAACCCAUUCUUAACUUCAACAGCCCCUGUCACCGCAAACACUACAGGCAUCGCUUAUGCCCCUGUUCAAAUUGCCGGAACCAAUGCUACUGGAUUGUUUACUGCUACGCCACAAACAACUGCAUCUCCUUCUACUACUCCAAAUCCAUUUAACUUGCAACCUACCGCAGUGGCUGCCCCGGUGGCUCCAAUCUUGACUGGAAACCCCUUCCAAGAUGCUCAAAAUCAAUUACAAGCUCAACAGAAUGCUCAAUUGCAAGCUCAACAGAAUGCCCAGGCCCAGGCUCAGGCUCAAUUACAAGCUCAUCAAGUUCAAACCCAAGCUCAAUUUCAGGCACAGGCUCAGGCACAGGCCCAAGCUCGUGCUCAAGCGGAGGCUCAAGCUCGUGCUCAAGCAGAAGCCCAAGCUCGUGCUCAAGCGGAAGCCCAAGCUCGUGCUCAAGCGGAAGCCCAAGCUCGUGCUCAAGCAGAAGCCCAAGCAGAAGCUGCAGCUCAAGCUCAAGCCCAAGCCCAAGCUCAACUACAAGCACAACAACAAGCUGCAGCCCAAGCUCAACUACAAGCACAACAAGCACAAGCCCAACUCCAACUGGCUCAACAAAAUGCCGCCGCUGCAGCCGCAAAUGUGGCCGCCGCCCAAUACCAACCUCAAUUAAACUAUUCAUCUACUGGUACAUUACAAACUACACCACAAUACCCACAAGCCACUAUCCAAUUACCUCCACAAGGCCAACAAUUACAAGGUCAACCACAACAGUUUUCUUUACAAACAACACAGACUCAACAAUUCGCCUCUCCACAAACACACCAAUUCGCCUCCCCACAAACACAACAAUUCGCCUCUCCACAAACACAACAAUUUACUUCCCCACAAACUCAGCAAUUCACUCAACCACCUCUACAAACUCAACCACCACAACAAAACGCCUUCUACAAUCCACAAGGUACUAACUUGAUCGAUAUCUGA